AUGAAGGACAGCGGGGACUCCAAGGACCAGCAGCUCAUGGUGGCACUCCGGGUCCGGCCCAUCAGCGUGGCAGAGCUGGAGGAAGGAGCCACCCUCAUAGCCCAUAAAGUGGACGAGCAGAUGGUGGUUCUCAUGGACCCGAUGGAGGACCCCGAUGAUGUCCUGCGGGCACACCGUUCCCGAGAGAAGUCCUACCUGUUUGACGUGGCCUUUGACUUCACUGCCACCCAGGAGACGGUCUAUCAGGCCACUACCAAGAGCCUCAUCGACGGUGUCAUCUCCGGCUACAAUGCCACUGUCUUUGCUUAUGGCCCCACAGGCUGUGGGAAAACCUACACCAUGCUGGGCACAGACCAUGAGCCUGGCAUCUACGUUCGGACCCUCAAUGACCUCUUCCGUGCCAUUGAGGAGACCAGCAACGACAUGGAGUAUGAGGUGUCCAUGUCCUACCUGGAGAUCUACAAUGAGAUGAUCCGGGACCUGCUGAACCCUGCCCUGGGGUACCUAGAGCUGAGGGAGGACUCCAAAGGGGUGAUCCAGGUGGCUGGAAUCACCGAGGUCUCCACCAUCAACGCCAAAGAGAUCAUGCAGCUGCUGAUGAAGGGCAACCGGCAGAGGACCCAGGAGCCCACGGCUGCCAACCGGACGUCCUCCCGCUCCCACGCUGUGCUCCAGGUGGCCGUGCGCCAGCGCAGCCGGGUCAAGGACAUCCUGCAGGAGGUGCGGCAGGGCCGCCUGUUCAUGAUCGACCUGGCUGGCUCUGAGCGCGCCUCCCAGACGCAGAACCGCGGGCAGCGCAUGAAGGAGGGCGCCCACAUCAACCGCUCCCUGCUGGCCCUGGGCAACUGCAUCAACGCGCUGAGCGACAAGAGCAGCAACAAGUACAUCAACUACCGCGACAGCAAGCUCACCCGGCUGCUGAAGGACUCCCUGGGCGGGAACAGCCGCACCGUGAUGAUCGCCCACAUCAGCCCCGCCAGCAGCGCCUUUGAGGAGUCCCGGAAUACCCUGACCUAUGCCGGCCGGGCCAAGAACAUCAAGACCAGGGUGAAGCAGAACCUGCUCAACGUCUCCUACCACAUCGCCCAGUACACCAGCAUCAUCGCGGACCUGCGGGGCGAGAUCCAGAGGCUCAAGUGCAAGAUCGAUGAGCAGGGUGGGCGGGGCCAUGCCCAGGGCCGGCCGGAGCCGGGUGACAUCCGCCACAUCCAAGCCGAGGUCCAACUGCACAGUGGGCAGGGUGAGCAGGCCAAGAUGGGACAGCUGCGGGAGCAGCUUCUCAGCGCUUUCCAGGAGCAGAUGGAUGUGCGGAGACGCCUGCUGGAGCUGGAGAAUCACGCCAUGGAGGUCCAGAUCGACACCUCCCGCCACCUGCUCACUAUUGCCGGCUGGGAGCACGAGAAGUCCCGCAGGGUGCUCAAAUGGCGGGAGGAGCAGCGGAAGGAAUCCUACACCAAGGAUGACAGCGAGAAGGACUCCGACACGGGCGAUGACCAGCCGGACACCCUGGAGCCCCCAGAGGUGGCCUCAGCCCGGGAGAGCAUUGCCGCCCUGGUCGGGGAGCAGAAGCAGCUGCGGAAGCAGAAGCUGGCGCUUGAGCAGCGCUGCCGGGAGCUGCGCCUGCGCGGCCGGCGCCUGGAGGAGACGCUGCCGCGGCGCAUCGGCUCCGAGGAGCAGCGCGAGGUGCUCAGCCUGCUAUGCCGCGUGCACGAGCUCGAGGUGGAGAACACGGAAAUGCAGUCGCACGCGCUGCUCCGGGACGGCGCGCUCCGCCACCGCCGCGAGGCCGUGCGCCGCCUGGAGCAGCACCGCAGCCUCUGCGACGAGAUCAUCCAAGGCCAGCGGCAGAUCAUCGAGGACUACAACCUGGCCGUCCCGCAGCACCUGGAGGAGCUGUACGAGGUGUACCUCCGGGAGCUGGAGGAGGGCGGCCUGGAGCGGGCCACCAUCAUGGACCGGGUGGCCUCCAGGGCCCUGCAGGACAGUUCCUUGCCCAAAAUUACCCCGGCAGGAACCGCGCUGACACCGGAGUCUGACCCAGAGAGUGUGAAGACUCUCAGUUCUGAGGUUCAGCGCCUGCAGACCGGCAUCCUCCCACCGCUUGGGACAGACAGUGAAGCCAACCGCGUGUUCAAAGCCAGUCCCCGGGCCUGGCAGGUGAAGAGCUCCUCUGUGCCCACCCCGCCCCCCAUCCAGAUCGGUGGUCUGGUGACCCAGGAGGCCCCCACUCAGGACAGCCUGGUCAGCCCGAGCAGCCGUAUCAACUCUUCCCCCGACAGCAGUGAGAAUCUGUCAGAGAUCCCCUUGUCCUGCAAAGAGAGGAAGGAGAUCCUGACCAGUACCAAGUACAUCUCCGUGAAGGCUGCUCGGCGGCGCUCUCGGGCUUUGGGCCCCGAGGGGCGCCACCUGCUGGCACCUGCCGGGGAGCGCAGGAGCCUGUCCCCACACUUGCCCAGCGAGGCUGAGUCGCAGCCGCCUGGCCCUCUGGCCUGCAAGCGGCCGCCCAGCCCCACGCUGCAGCACGCUGCCAGUGAGGACAACCUGUCAAGCAGCACAGGCGAGGCCCCAUCCCAGGCAGUCGGGCACAGUGGCGAUGGCACCGGGCCCUGGAUGCGUGGCCAGAAGAAAAGCCCGGGCAAGAAACGGGAGGAGUCACUAGAGGCCAAGAGGAGGAAGCGGCGGUCCCGGUCCUUUGAGGUCACGGGGCAAGGGCUCUCCCGCUCCAAGACACACCUCCUGGGGUCCCGUCCCACAGAGAGCAUCUCGGACCAUAGGGUGCCAGCGUGCGGACACCCAGCACCUGGUAUACGGCAUCCGGGGAAGGUCAUGCUGCCUUUGGCCAAGGUCAAACUCCCUCCAAGCCAGAGCACAGGUCCUGGGGACUCCUCACUCCUCACUGUUCCCUCCAACACAGCUGGCAUUUCCCGACGGGCUGCCCGGGGCCCCCGCCUGGCUCUCGGCACAAGCACCCAGGGCAAAGACGGAUGUUUCCGGCAUACCUGAGGGGUAUGGAACAGCCCUCCUGCCCCCAAGACUGGAUGGGGUGGAGCCGAAAAUGGGAGAUGGCGGCUGGGUAGAUGGGG